AUGGCUAGCUUCUGUCAGACCAUGCUCGAGCGCUACGCCGACGACGUGCGCAUCUCGACCGAGCACCCCUUCCUUGCCGCAGCAGGCAAGCACGAGCUGUCGAGCGACAAGCUAAGCGAGUGGCUCACUCAAGAUCGCUGCUACGCCCUCCAUGGAUACCCCAAGUUCAUCGCCUCGCUCAUCUCGGCGCUCCCGCUCUCGUCGCCGGCGCACCAGUCGGCCUCGCAGUCGACCCUCGCCCUCCUGUCGUACGCCAUGUCCAACAUCCACCGCGAGGUCGGCUUCUUCGACAGCCUCAGGCCGCGGUUCGGGAUCGACCUCGAGCGGCGCCCGACGGCGACCGACGCCGGCAAGCUCGAGGGCGGCCUCAUGCGCACCAACACGCGCGCGUACGUCAGCCUGCUCAUCGCGACGGGCGCCGAGGCGAGCCGCAACGGUGGCGGCAUGGAGGAGGGACUCGUCCUACUCUGGACCAUGGAAAAGCUCUACAACCAGGCCUGGCUCUUUGCCGCGCAGCACACGGCCUCGCCCUCGGGCACCGAUGGCAAGACGUCGGCCGCGCUCACCGAGCUCAUCGACAACUGGACCAACGCCGAGUUUGCCGACUUUGUCACCAAGUGCGAGAAUGCGGUCGACGAGCUCGCGCUCAAGGAGGGCACGCCCGAGUGGAACAGGGCGGAAGAGAUCUUCAAGUACACGCUCUACCUCGAGCAGCGCUUCUGGCCCGACAUGUAG